CAGAUCGUAUUUUACUAUUUUAUUCCAUAGUGCAGAGAGAUCAACUCUCGAGUCCUCAUAGAUUAUAUUCUACUGAAACCCUCCAUCUUUUGUCAGAGAAUCCCCGCCCCCGUUACCGGAAGUAGAAGAAGAGUGUUGAUGAAAACAUUCCUUUCUUCUGAGGGUCUGUUUGUACUGGUUUUUGGGUGACAGGAGCGUUACUUGCAGCCUCUAUGGUCUCCGAUCAGAUGUUGUUUGCUGAGAUGUGUGAAGGGACUGUUAUUAGCAUCUGAAUUCUGAACGUGUGUGUGAGUGUGAUGACCAUUUUUGUAGGAGUUGUCUAAAUGCAAUCAGCUAAGCAGCAUAAUUUAGGAUUAUUUUGAGAAAAAGCAAUGGCCAAUGCGAAUACAUCAGCACCAAUCAUCUCUUCAGAGUCCUUGGAACAAAGAGGUGUGCAUUUGACAAAUUCGAACAUGAACAUAGUUCAACCUCCGUUAAGCCAACAGGGUCAAAUCUCUUCUGAUGGUCCUGUGGGUAUUCUCUGGGAUAUUGAGAACUGCCCUGUCCCAAGUGAUGUCCGUCCUGAAGAUGUAGCUGGAAACAUCAGAAUGGCUUUGCGGGUACACCCAGUCAUUAAAGGAGCUCUGAUGAUGUUUUCUGCAUAUGGGGAUUUUAAUGCCUUCCCCAGGCGACUCAGAGAGGGCUGUCAGAGAACUGGUGUCAAACUCAUUGAUGUCCCAAAUGGUAGGAAGGAUGCUGCUGACAAGGCUAUUUUGGUUGACAUGUUUCUCUUUGCCCUUGACAACCCUCCGCCAUCUUCUAUUGUGCUCAUCUCUGGGGAUGUUGAUUUUGCUCCUGCACUUCACAUACUCGGUCAACGUGGAUAUACUGUAAUCCUUGUUAUCCCUUCUGGGGUAGGUGUUUCAUCUGCUCUGAGCAGUGCUGGUAAGUUUGUCUGGGACUGGCCUAGUGUGGCUCGUGGGGAAGGUUUUGUUCCACGGACUAAACCUUUAUUUCCUCCUCGUAGUGGUCCAGUUGACAUUGCUGGAUAUCUCAAGGGAUGCCAUAUCAGUGACAAUUUUGAUGGUCAAAAUGAAGAGGAGGCAAUUGUGUAUAGAGGAUUCUCUCAAAGUUAUUGCAACACUAGAGAUUUCUCUAUGUUGUCACGGUCGCUUUCUGAAUACAACAGCAGUUGUUCAAUUGCCAUGCCUUGUUUUCCCUCAACUUUGAGGUCACAAAGCCUCCCCUCUGGUUUGAAUGAAGUGUCUGCAGGCCCUGUUUCUUCUGUUGAUCAAGUCGAACCAAUUAUGUGGGUACAGCCAGGGGACAUAAAUGGUCUGAAGAUGCAGCUGGUAAAGUUGCUUGAGCUUUUUGGAGGGUGUCUGCCUCUUACCCGUGUUCCUUCUGAAUAUCAGAAAACUUUUGGGCGGCCUCUUUAUGUAUCAGAAUAUGGGGUGCCCAAACUCGUAAAUCUUUUCAAGAAAAUGAGUGAUGCCAUGGCAAUGGAUGGGAAGGGCAAAAAGAAAUUUGUCUACCUCCGAAACUGGAAGGCAGGCCCAAGUGCACCGCCUUUGCCCUUGGCCAGGAAGGUUAAAAAGGGGAAAGGUGCUCAGGAAGAGUGUAUUGAUGUUGUUAUAGGUAAUGGUUCCUCAGAUGAGUUUUCAGAUGAGGAAAGAGUACUGAUUGAGGAACAUGAUGAGAUGAGGAACAGUGCAGCAGCUCGGUCAAAUAUUGAUGAUGAUGAUCUUGGGCAAUUCAAGCUUGAGCUGCAAGAAAUUCUCGUUAGCUACUCUUGUAGGAUUAUUUUGGGCAGUUUUGAGGCGAUAUACCAGCAACGAUACAAGAAACCAUUGGAUUAUCAAAAGUUUGGUGUGGAUCAGCUGGAGGAGCUGUUUGAGAAGGUGAGAGAUGUUGUGGUCUUGCAUGAAGAACCAGUAACCAAGAAGAAGUUCCUGGAAGCAGUUGGCGGCUAGAAAAGUGGCAGCUGCUGCAUCUUGUAAGAUUUAACUCUUCUGACCAAUAUAUUGAUCAGACAUCUAAGGUAUGCUAAUGAUUGGCUGUUCUCUUCAAUUCAUUAAAAUUUUUUUCCCUUUUUCUAACUCAUAGUACAUAGUUAAUAACUGGACAAACCGAGAACAUGCAUGCUUAUUUUUAUGCUUGUCACUAAGUUGAUAUGAAGGUUAAUUUCAAUGUAAGGCUCGUGCCUAGUCGUUAUAACUCUGGAAUGUUAGUCUGAAUCCAUUUGUAAAUUGAAAUCAUUUUGUUUAAUGGUGUUCCCAACUACUC